AUGUCUAACGCUCUGGCGAAAGCCUCGCCCUUGAACCCUGCGAUACGCCUCGCUCAGGCUGUUUCAGAGUUAGAAGCCGACCUCUCACAUGGGCAAAAGUCGAUGUUCCGAACGCUGAGGUCGCAGUCGCUCUCACAAACACCUAGCCCACGCGAUAUUAUGCAGCUAACGGCUGAGGUUGAUCGUCGCACAUCAAAGAAGUUUAGUAGUGCAUGUUUUGGGCCUCGCUUUACGAACUUCCUUCACGGAGUUCAGCAGUUCGCGACUCUUGGAGACAUUAUGGUCAGAGGAUCGCAGAACUUGCUAGCAUGUGGCGUGUGGUCAUUGGUACGUAUGUCGUUAUUGUCGAUUGUGAACCUUUCGACCUACAUCGAUAAGCUGUCCUCGCUAUUCAUGGACGUCGGCCGUUCUGCCCCGCGCUACCAAGCGAUUGCCCUGCUGUACCCUCGGUCUUUGGAGCUACAAUCACAACUCUCCGAGUACUUUAUCGUAGUAGUUGGCCUAUGUCAUUACCUAUUCAAGUUUGGACAGAAAUCGACUAUCCAGCAAUUUGCGUCCUCGCUAAGCGAUGCGCACUUAAAGACCUUCCAGACGGAUCUUCAUAAGUGGGCAACUUCUAUCAAGGAGCAGAUGGACGUAAGUGAAGCUCAAGAAAGCUCUGGUCUUAGAGCUUUGACGAGGCAAGUGUUUAAGUCUACCUCAUAUCAGCAGAGACUUACAGCUAACUUACGGGUACUCAACUUUUGCUCGACGUAUGACUACCAAGCCGGUAAUAUAUCUUUCUAUAGACAACAAGCAGAGUACCAAGAGUGGAGGGAUAGCUCAUAUUCUAGCACAUUGUUAUACCUAGGUAAAUUAGGCUUGGGAAAGUCGGUAUUACUAGCCAAUAUCGUAGACGACCUUAACCUCUCCGCUAAAGACCCACCCUUGGUGGCAUAUCUACAGACACGGACGAUCAUCGGUUCACUGGCACGACAGCUUCUACGUAAUGUUCCAGAUCUUGGCGUACUUACUAAGAGUUUUCCUGCUGAUAAAAAAGUGUAUUUCGUGCUUAAUAGUCUAGAUAAAUGCGAUAACAAGGAGAAAGAGACGUUAGUGCAGGCAAUCGGGAAGAUUCAGGUGAAGCUAAAGAUACUAGUAGCUCUUCAAAUCCAGACUCUAUGCAGUAUAAAAACUAAUCACGAUAUCCAGGAAGCACUACUAGACCUACCCAAAGACCUCUCCGAGACAUUUACCAAGAUUCUACGAAAGUUAGCAAAGUCAGGAAGCUCAGAUCUAGCACUCCAAAGGAAGACACUACAGUUUGUGCUUGCAGCUUACCAGCCUUUAACAACGAACAAGUUGCGGGAAGCCCUAAGCGUUACUCCUGGAGAUACAACUUGGGAUCCUUCUAAAAUCUUGAAUGACAUCUACUCAGCACUAGCUUGCUGUGGAUGCCUACUUACUGUUGAUGAGGAGGAGCUUACCGUUCGAGUUAUACAUCACAGCGCGCAAAGGAUGUUGGCAGAUACUGUUGUCACGUACCUCGGCUAUGGUGUCUUCGGGACUGAGCUAUCAAGAGUCAAGGUCCAUCCUAUAGUAGCACAAUCCGCACCAUCUAAGAUCGUGCAAGCCACUAUUAGUUCGUCAAGCACUGCUCGUCACCUGGCUAUAAAGUUUCUCGGAUCAAGACGGCAAUAUGAGUUUGAUAUGAGCAAAGCUCUCGCGGAAGCGUACAGCUCCUUCAACUCCAAGCUAGAGCACGCAUCUAGAUUCUACGCUUAUACAAAGAUCUAUUGGCAGGACCAUAUAUUUUACGUAUCUAGACAUAAAGCCGCCAUUUUCAAGCUUUGUUCUAAGCUGAUCUAUAAUCGUGCGUCUGAGCUUAAUAAGGCGGACAAGAACUACUAGACGCGUUUCUAAUAGGCUGCCAAGAAUGGUAACAGGAAUGUUCUUGCGCUGUUACUAUAGGCUAGGAAGGCUGACGUUAAGGCGAAAAACAGCGACGGAUGGACGCCGCUGAUGCAGGCGGCAAGAGGCGGACAUAGAGACACAGUUGAGAUGCUGCUUAUAGUUAGCAAGGCUAACGUUGAGGCGAGAAAUGGCGUAACGACGGCGCUAAUGGUGGCGGUAGGAUAUGGAAAUAGAGACAUAAUUGAGUUGUUGCUUACCGUUGGCAAGGCUGACGUUGAGGCGAAAGACGGGACUGGAUGGACGACGGUGAUGCAGACGGCAGGAGCUAGACGUAUAGAGAUAGUUGAGAUGCUGCUUACCGUUGGCAAGGCUAACGUUGACGCGAAAGACGAUUUCGGAUCAACGUCGCUGAUGGUGGCGGUAAUAAAUGGACAAAGAGAUAUAGCUGAGCUGCUGCUUAGCGUUGGCAAGGCUGACACUGAUGCUAAAGAC